AACUGGCGACACCGCCCCAGGCUCGGCUUCCCGGGCGGGCUUCGGCACGGCGCAGCCGCACUGGUGCCGCCUUCCCACCAAUCUCGACCCUCGACGCGUUCCGUUCGUGCGUGGGGGAGCCGGGCGGGAGGAAAGGCCGCUCCGUGGGUAGGGGGCUGCAGCGCGCCGAGCGGCUGGGCCCAGCGGCGGCGCGGAUGGCGGACUCGCAGCUGUUCUGCGUGGCCGAGGAGCGCAGCGGCCACUGCGCAGUGGUGGACGGAAACUUCCUCUACGUGUGGGGGGGCUACGUGUCUAUUGAAGACAAUGAAGUAUAUUUGCCUAAUGAUGAGAUUUGGACCUAUGAGAUUGAUAGUGGGUUGUGGACGAUGCACCUCAUGGAAGGAGAACUCCCUACCUCCAUGUCAGGAAGUUGCGGUGCUUGCAUUAAUGGAAAGCUAUACGUUUUUGGAGGAUAUGAUGACAAAGGAUACAGCAAUCGACUUUAUUUUGUUAAUUUGCGAACAAGAGAUGGAACCUAUGUUUGGGAAAAACUCACCAACUUUGAAGGUCAACCACCCACACCACGUGAUAAACUUUCCUGCUGGGUAUAUAAAGACAGAUUAAUAUAUUUUGGUGGCUAUGGGUGUAGGAGACACAAUGAACUCCAGGAUUGUUUUGAUGUUCAUGAUGCAUCUUGGGUACGUCCACCAGAACUAUUCAUAGCUCAGUCUGGCUUCUGUAUGAGAGAAGAGCAGAUAUUCUGGGGUUGGCAUAACGAUGUUCACAUAUUUGACACAAAGACACAGAGUUGGCUUCAACCAGAAAUUAAAGGUGCUCUUCCCCCGCAGCCACGAGCCGCGCAUACGUGUGCAGUUCUCGGAAACAAGGGCUAUGUCUUUGGCGGACGUGUUUUGCAAACUAGGAUGAAUGAUUUGCACUAUCUAAACUUAGAUACCUGGACCUGGUCUGGAAGGAUUCCAAUUAAUGGAGAAAACCCCAAACAUCGGUCAUGGCAUACUUUAACACCAAUAGCUGAUGAUACACUUUUCCUAUUUGGUGGACUAAGUGCAGACAAUAUUCCGUUAAGUGAUGGUUGGAUUCAUAAUGUCUUAACAAAUUGUUGGAAACAGCUUACACAUUUACCUAAAACAAAACCCAGGUUAUGGCACACAGCCUGUUUGGGAAAAGAAAAUGAAAUAAUGGUAUUUGGUGGGAGCAAAGAUGAUUUACUUUCCUUGGAUACAGGUCAUUGUAAUGAUUUAUUGAUCUUUCAAACACAGCCUUAUUCACUACUCAGGUCAUGCCUUGACUGCAUUGGUAAAAAUGCUAUAAUUUUAGAAAGUCAGAUAUCUUUAUUACCUCCUAAACUUCUCCAACAAGUACUCAAAAAAAGAACAUUUUGGACUGCAGUUAAUCACCGAGAAGAACAAAGAGCCCAAAAAGAAGAAACAGAAAAUAAGUAUCAGUGGAUCAGUAGCAAUUAAGUUGUGAUAUACUCUACAUAUUUAAUAUGUUUAAACAUUUUAAUCAGACUGUAUAUUUACCCCCCAGAUUGGAGGCUUUAUUUAGAAGAUAAAAUCUGAAACAAAAAUUGUAUGUUAAACUGAUUGUAUGGCAUGAGAUAUAUAGGAAGAAGACGUUAAUGGCAGAUUAAUUUGUAUUUUAUUUGUAAAUUAACAUAAAUUAAUUUCCUUAUAAGCUGCAGAAAAAAAAAAUCUACUUUCUGAAAGUAAGUAUAAUUGUAAGAGACUUUAACUCACUGUGUCUUCUUUACUGGAAAGAUUAUACAAAUUUGAGGAGAAUAAGAAAUUACCCCAAGGACUUUAGAGAUUCCCCAACCUAAAGAUAGAUAGAUAUAUAAAAACACCUCAUAUCAACUUUCAGAAAGAAUAGAUUUUUCUCAAGUCACUUUAAAAUUACAUAAAGCUUCCCAUUAAAUGACUCAGUUAUUUAAAGAACUUCUCCUUAAAUAAGUAAUACAGCUGGCCAAAAUGAUAAAAUAGGCAAGCACUGCUAUGGGAUUAAAUAUUGAACUCCUACCCUUUUAGCACUUAUCUAGUAAAGUAUUCUUCCUCACCUUUGAGUAGGGGAAUAAAUGUCUUCAAUUGUUUUUCUGUUACCUCUAAGUUGUUAGUUUGUCCCAUUUUAUAUGUAUAUAAAGACCAUGUUUGAAAGUGUCUAAAGUGGAGAUUUAUUUGUCAUACAGGCUUUGAAAUAUUGAGAGGCAGUAUAGUUAUUAACUUUAGAGACACCUGAAGAUACAUUUUGCCUUGGGGGAAUACUUCUAAAGUAACUUUCAGUGAAUUAUGAAAUGGGAUGAUAACCUAGUAAUUUGCCUUUCUAGAAACCCCUCCUUUUGGCCCACACCAUUCUACAGAGUUGGUGCUCAAGACCCAGGAUAUUCAAAAUAUGUUAUCUUCCCAUUUCUUUUCAGUAUUAACUGCCUAUAAAGAAAUGGAACAUGAAUAUUUAUCUUUAUGUUCUUUAAAUAGUACUUUUGCCAUGGUUAAGAAGUUGUUCACAUAUCACAGUUGUACCCAUCCAUUGAAUUACUAAUAACAAGGAAUUACUAAGAAUUUGGUAUAUAAAAUUACUGUCUACCAUACCACCAUACACGUUGACUCUGAAAUUUAAAAUGUUGGAGUAAAUAUAUUUCUGUAUUGAA